AGAGAUUCUCUGCUGUUGACGAUGUCGAAAGCAGAAGGCGACCUGCUAGAUUUGCUGCUCCAACUCAAGAGAACAACACCUCAAGCAGCGAAACAACUGCUCAACAGCCAGCCAGCCAUCGCUUAUGCCCUUAUCUCUCUCAUGGUCUCGAUGAAUGCAAUUGACAUCGACGUUUUCCAAAAAACUCUAGCUUCACACAGUGGGGCUAGCGUCGCUCCACCGGCCCCAGUACCACUCUCUGCCAUCCCCCCUCACAUGCAGCCCUCUUCGCGCACCAAUACUCCUCCAGUUCAACCGCCAUAUCCUCAACAUUACCCGUCACACACUCCAACGCCUCCCAAUGCUGGUGCUUACCCCGCCUAUAACGCGUAUCCACAACCUGCCGCGGCAACGCCACCACCAACUCGGGCUCCUCCCCCGCCUGCCAUUCCUGAGUCUAUGCUAGCUGGCAUGUCUGAAGAGCAACGGCAAAUGCUAAUCAACGUGUUGUCGAUGACGCCAGAGCAAGUCAAUGCGCUCCCGCCAGCGGACAGGACCAAUAUCAUGCAAUUGAGAGCGACAUUGGGCAUUCGUUAA